AUGGCGGAUGCGCUUUGCGGGCCUUCAAACGCCCUACAGAACUUCCAGAAGCAUACAUCGGUAGACCAGACGCUUCAGCAGGAUAGGAUAUCUUCGCGACAGUCUCCGGCGCAGGGCUUUCGAUCAAGCAACCAAGCUCAGGGGCAGCUCGAUGCCGAGUUCAAUGCCUUUGAAGCUGGCUACUCUACUCCCUUGCUAGCAGAACAGCCUAACCUCAACACAUUCCUUCCUCCGCCUCCUCAGUUUGCGUCUCAGCCCAGCGCAGACGUCUCUGGCUGGGCUACAGAUUUCCAAAACCUACACAUAGCCGGGCCGUCGUUACAACAACAGCACCCACAACACCACAUCAGAGCAGAAGCUUCUAUACUUCAAGCCAACUCUACUCACCGACAACAUGAACCCAUACAUGGAGUGCAGCAGACUCCGCAGUCUACCAUGUUCCAGGGAGGCAUGGCCUAUCGCCCCGGCAUGGGUAUGCUAGGCAACCCUGGAUUUGCUAGGCCAGACAACUUCAUGCCAGCCACCACCGAAAGCUUACAGCACGAGUCCAAGCCCGCUGAAGUUUUUGACGAAUCCGCAUUCGAAGCUGCGUUCGCGGAAGCUCGAGCCGAAGUUGAAUUACAGGAGUCCACACUACAGCAACAAAUAGAACCAGAAACAUCGUUAUCAGAGCCAGUCGAAGAGGUUAUCCGAAUUGGUUCUGACAAUAUACCAGCUUCUAUUGACGGGAUAAAUGAGUCCGAUGAGCUCUCAAGGACCGCUGGAGAACUACUCGACCGCGUGAGCCACGACCAAAGCCAGAAAUUCAAAGAGAGUAAUUUCCUCGCAUUGAUGAGACAGCUCCGUGACCGCGAAAUUGUCGUCGACGGUGACGGAUUCCGCAAAACUUCACAGCCUCUACAUCCCGGCGGCCCUUUUUACCCAGAGCAAAGGAAGCCAUCAGGGAACAUCACCAUCCCCACUACCAUAGACUUCACCACCCAUAAUGAUACCCAUCCCCAACAGCAACAACACCCCCACUCUCUUGAAGAACAUAUCCCGUCCGAAGAUAUAAGUGACGAGCCGUCUCCCCUUCAGCAGCAAGCGGAGGACGCGGUGCAGCCCAGUCGCGAACUACCUGAUCUCACCAUCGUGGAUAACAAUAAUUCACGCAGCAAUUCCCCCCCUCCUCUCAACUCCUUGCCAUCCGAUUCUUCCUCCAACUCUCCUUCGCCUCUACCGCCUUCGUUCUCGUCUCUCUAUUCAAGCGCGGACCAAGAGCUCGACCGAUUCGACUCCUCAGUAACCGAGUCAGGGGCAUCUUCGCUUCCUGCUUUUGCACCUGCGCCCCCGUUCGAGGAAGCUUCUCCGUCUUCGUCUCCCGUCACUCCGCGUGUAGUUACCGAGACAAAGGCUGAGCUUUCUCGAGAUAAAGGAGAGUCGUCUGGCAAGGGUCAGGACGACGGUGAACCUCCGCCUCCUUACACCGAGGGGUCCAUCCCACUCCAAUCCUUUACCUACGUCAUGGCUGCCGCGGGAGGGGCUGCUAGUAUCAUCACACAGGUGCAACAAACUGGCGGACCGCCGCUUAAUUCCCUGGGAGAUAUCGGCGGAGAUGAACAUAUAACGCUAGAUUUACGUGGCAUGAGAUUUACUCUCUCCCGUGAUGAGCUGCUUACUCUGCCCGAGUUUGUUCUCCUAUCCCUGUUCCCCAAUGGGCUCCUUCCCGAUGGGCACAUGGGAUCAUUCCACGAGGGGGACGUAUACCCAGUUGAUUACGAUCCGCUUUCUCUUCAGUACAUGCUAGAUUUCUUCCGCACUGUUGCCCAGUCAAUUCCAUCCUCUUCACCUUCCCCUACAACAUCAGCUGCAGAUGCGGCUGACCCUAUCCCAAACCCUGCACGGGACAUGCUGCAAGACCGUGCUGGAAUCAUUGUCCUCCGAGAAGACCUUGAUUUUUACACUAUUCCGCCAACCGCGGAGAUUGAGCAUCCGGAGAUGAUGGAGAUCAAGCGAGCUGCGGGCCGUGCAUUGCUGAAGCAGGACGGUAUUUUCUCCGGGCUAAGAAAAAGUGACGAGCCAGGAUCAACCGAGCAGCAUCUUAUCGAAAUGCUAACAGCAGGUGGAUUCAAUCAUGAUGACCGAUGGGGUCAUCGCGCAGACGAACCCAACAAGGCUGUUAUAUGCAGUUUGGCAUUGGCAAAACUGCGGACCGACAUCAGAGGCGACCUAGCCAACUCUAAUGCAGUCGGCAUGGCACAGAAGCUACUCCUUUUCUGGAGAAAGCCCGCUCGACGCUGCUGGUGGGAGGGUGUUGAGCUCGAUAAUGUAGAAGGAGUAGAAGGCAAACUGAAGGUUUGGAUCCGGAGGGUGUGGACCCUAGAAAUGAGCGUUAUCGGUUUGCGUUGA